AAUGCCUUCGACCAUGUUAAGAGAGGGGGAAUGUCAGGAAGUAUAAUACAUUGCUGGAGUAGUCUGUGGGCCUUGGGCCGGUAUCUGGAUGUGAGCCCGUUAUAGUUUGGGCCAGCCGGUCGGCCUGUGACCGUGCAUAUUAAUACCCGAUCUGUGAACGGGAAGGGGCAACGAAGAAAAAAAGAACAAUUCCUGUGCGUCUCUGUUUCGUCUUCCUCUGUCUCGUUCUCCCUGCUUGUUCUUCCCUGACCCCAAAUCUGCUAGCCGUUUCCCUCUGAUCUCUUCUCCAGUUACCCAGGCUCAUGACAGCGGGCUUCCUCCGGCGCACUCUCGCGCAGCAACACCCCCCCGGAAACCUGCAACGCGAUCGCCCCCACCCUCUUAUUCGCCCGCUUGCUUCCCGCCACGGCCGGGAGGGGAGGAGCACUCGUGCCCGCGUGCGGUGAUAGCGCGCGUGCGUGCGUGCUCGGGAGACAGAGUGAGCGGCUGGUGCCAUGGACCGUCGGGACUCGGAGGCGAGCGCGCCCGCAGCGGCCGCGGCGGGGCGGGCCGCGAACGGCACCGGCGGCGACGGGGCCUGGCGACGCGAGCUUCGACACCAACAUGGUGAUCAUCCUGGCGGCGCUCUUCUUCGCGCUGCUGUUCGCCAUCGGUCUCAACUCGCUGGCGCGGUGCGCGCUCCGGUGCGGGGGCCGGGGCGCGGCCGGGGACGCCGGAGGCCGCGGAGGCGGCCGCGAGGGGGCGCCAUCGGCGUCGGGCGGCGCGUCCUGCGUCCGCGGGAUCAAGAGGCGCGCGCUGCGAAGCAUCCCCGUGGAGGUGUACGGCGGCGGCGGCGGCGGCUUGGAGGGAGGCGAGGUCGCCGGUGCUCCAGGGGAGGAGGAUGUGUGCGCCAUCUGCCUGGGCGAGUUCGCGGACGGCGAGAAGGUGCGCGUGCUCCCGCGGUGCGGGCACGGGUUCCACGUCCCCUGCGUGGACGCCUGGCUGCUGUCCCGCGGCUCCUGCCCGACGUGCCGCCGCCCCGUGAUGGACGCCGGCAGGCCCGCGGCCGCCAAGGCCGGCGCCGCGGGUCAGAGCCGGCGGCGCCCGGAUGGCGACACCAUCGCCGUGGUCAUCGCUUGAUGGGGCGAGCAGAGCAAUCGGAGCAGGUCUAGUGGUGGUAGGCAGGCGCACAAGCAAACGCAACGACACCAAGCAAGGUAUAGUUCUGGACUUCCGGGCCCGCGGAUAAGCUCCUGUAAAAAUAUCUCCGUAGCCUAGCGGCCGCAUCGUCCGAUACUAUCCGGCGACGAGUGACACACCUUGCAUUGCGUGUCAGGUCAGGUGUCGGUACUUGGAGUAGCUAGCAGUAGCAUCGUAGCAUCUUGCCGUCCAAUGUAUCACAGCUGCCCGAUUGUUCGCCGGAAGUGUUCGACCUUCGACGGCUCGCCGUACAAAAAAAAUGUUGCAUAUGA